UCUCCAAGCCCGACCGGUUCUCGCGAGAUCCGGGCAACUGAGCGCUCGGGGCCUUUUCAAAUCGGGAUCCGUUACCGCUUUCCCAGCCGCCGCCAUUGUGGCGCUCGGAGCCCCUCAACGCAGGCGGCGCAGGCGGAGGCCGUGGCAGUGGGAUGGCCGACGCCGACAAGCCCGAGGUGCUUAGGGCAGCUGGCGACGACAGCCCGCAUCGGCAGCCCGCGGAGCCGCCGGGCGAGCCCCGGCGAGAAGCUCACCCGCCCGAGCAGGAGAAGCAGCCGCCGCAGCACAGCAGCAGCUCCAAUGGCGUUAAAAUGGAGAAUGAUGAAUCAGUCAAAGAAGAGAAAUCUGAAUUAAAAGAAAAAUCUACAGGAAAUAAGAAAGCCAACAGAUUUCAUCCUUAUUCAAAAGACAAGAAUUCAGGCACUGGAGAAAAGAAGGGUCCAAAUCGUAACAGAGUUUUUAUUAGCAACAUCCCAUAUGACAUGAAAUGGCAAGCCAUUAAAGAUCUAAUGAGAGAAAAAGUUGGUGAGGUUACAUACGUGGAGCUCUUUAAGGAUGCGGAAGGAAAAUCAAGGGGUUGUGGUGUGGUUGAAUUCAAAGAUGAAGAAUUUGUCAAGAAAGCACUAGAAACUAUGAACAAAUAUGAUCUUAGCGGAAGACCCUUGAAUAUCAAAGAGGAUCCUGAUGGAGAAAAUGCUCGUAGGGCAUUGCAACGAACAGGAGGAUCAUUUCCAGGAGGACAUGUACCCGACAUGGGAUCGGGAUUGAUGAAUUUACCACCUUCCAUUCUCAAUAAUCCAAACAUUCCUCCUGAGGUUAUCAGUAAUUUGCAGGCUGGUAGACUUGGUUCCACAAUUUUUGUUGCUAAUCUUGACUUCAAAGUUGGUUGGAAGAAGCUAAAGGAAGUGUUCAGCAUAGCUGGAACUGUAAAGCGGGCAGAUAUUAAAGAAGACAAAGAUGGCAAGAGCAGAGGAAUGGGCACAGUCACUUUUGAACAAGCAAUUGAAGCAGUUCAAGCAAUUUCUAUGUUCAAUGGGCAGUUUUUGUUUGAUAGACCUAUGCAUGUGAAAAUGGAUGACAAGUCUGUCCCUCAUGAAGACUACCGUUCACAUGAUAGUAAAACACCACAAUUACCACGUGGUCUUGGAGGCAUUGGAAUGGGACUUGGUCCAGGUGGACAGCCUAUUAGUGCCAGCCAGUUGAACAUAGGUGGUGUAAUGGGAAAUUUAGGUCCAAGUGGUAUGGGAAUGGAUGGUCCAGGUUUUGCAGGAAUGAAUAGAAUUGGAGGAGGAAUUGGGUUUGGUGGUCUGGAAGCAAUGAGUAGCAUGGGAGGAUUUGGAGGAGUUGGUCGAAUGGGAGAGCUAUACCGUGGUGCGAUGACUAGUAGCAUGGAGAGAGAUUUUGGACGUGGUGAUAUUGGAAUAAAUCGAGGCUUUGGAGAUUCCUUUGGUAGACUUGGCAGUGCAAUGAUUGGAGGGUUUGCAGGAAGAAUAGGAGCUUCUAACAUGGGUCCAGUAGGAUCUGGAAUAAGUGGUGGAAUGGGUGGCAUGAACAGUGUGACUGGAGGAAUGGGGAUGGGACUGGAUCGGAUGAGUUCCAGCUUUGAUAGAAUGGGACCAGGUAUAGGAGCUAUCCUGGAAAGGAGCAUCGAUAUGGAUCGAGGAUUUUUAUCAGGUCCUAUGGGAAGCGGAAUGAGAGACAGAAUAGGCUCCAAAGGCAACCAGAUAUUUGUCAGAAAUCUGCCUUUUGACUUGACUUGGCAGAAACUAAAAGAGAAAUUCAGUCAGUGUGGUCACGUAAUGUUUGCAGAAAUAAAAAUGGAGAAUGGAAAGUCAAAAGGCUGUGGAACGGUCAGAUUUGACUCCCCAGAAUCAGCUGAAAAAGCCUGCAGAAUAAUGAAUGGCAUAAAAAUCAGUGGCAGAGAAAUUGAUGUUCGCUUGGAUCGUAAUGCAUAAUUUGAAACCACGGUUGGAACAUUCUUACAUCUGUUUUGCUGAAUCUCCUAAUAAAAGUCAUUUUUUUAAGUAAUACUGUAUGCUUACAAAAGUUGUAAAGAUGAACUUUUAAAACUCCCACCAGCUUUUAACAGUAUAGUGUUAAUAUACUGUGAUUUUUGUUAAUCUCAAGUUUGGAUUUUUAAAGACAGCAAGUCUGGUCAUUCAGUUUAAAUGAAUGGUUAUACUAUUUUUAAUGAAAUAAGCCAUUUUCUUGUUAUUUUCAGUUCUGCAUAGUGGGAUUUGUUUGUUCAAGUGUCCCCAGCUUUUAUCAACUUACUGUAAGGUAAAACAUAGAUGGUUUUUUCAAAACUUCUGUUUAAUAUAUGUAAUUGUCCUUGAAAAGAAAGGGCUCAGACAAAUUAAGAUAUGAUUUUGGUUGGUUUUAAAUUUUUGUUGGUGAUAAAGAAUUACUGUAAGUAAGUUUUAGAUUCUAAAGUUCAGAAUAUUUUUUAUUUGACUUAAAUGGAGAAAUGGAGUUUUCCUUCUCUGCCCUUCCCCAUCAUUCACAUUUUCCACAUAACAUUAACCACCACAACCCCUUAUUUUAUUAUUUCCAAUAAUUCCAAGUUCAUACAGAACUGAUAAUGUUGCAAGCCCCAAGUAUAAUAAUAGGCAGACUGCUCCCAACUUUCUGUCUAGUUUCCAGCCAUUAAGGUGAACUGCUAAGAAAAGAAAAAUAACUGAAAUGUUGAGAAAGAUGGUUAUGUAAGUUAGUCCUCUACUGUUCACUUCUACAGGAGCAGAUGCAUUUAUAAAUGUAGUUUUAAUAAACCAUGGAACUCCUAGGCACAACAUAUCGAACACGUUGGAUCCCACGAUGUUAGACAUAGCCAUAUCUCCUUUGCCUGUAAAAAAAAAAAAAAAAAGCAUGUUGUUAAAAUAUGCACACCAAUACUGUAUUUUAUUAAUAAGCUUCAUAAGAAAAAACACUGGAUACUUUCUCUGUUUGUUUUGGAAAAUUGUUGUAUUAGAGCAAAAGUCUUAAUGAAUUUGUAUUUUUAAAUUUUGGGGGGUUAGUAUUUAAAGUCUUAACAUUUAUUUAUCUAAUAAUAAUUAUCUUUAUUUAUUAAACCAUUUUUCAAUAAGGUAUGUAGAUUACUUGUUGCUUUUCAUUCUAACAUGGUUAGUUAUGAUUUAAUGCACAUUUCAGAUGAAUAUUACUUGGGCGAUUAGAUUUAGUGAAAUUAAUCUGCUAUUAAAUAGUAAAUCCUUCCUCUGAGUCACUCCUUUUUUUUUCUUCGAAGUAUGUUACUGAGGAAAUAAAUAUUUUAAAGGUACCUUUGCUCAGUGUAUUUCAGCCAGCCUUUUAAGAAUGGGCACUGCAGCUUGAGGGACCUACUUCUUACCUUUUCUUGCAACCAACACACUUGCAAUCGUGUCUGGUAUGCUUGUUCCUGCUGCUAAUAAAGUAAGGCCCAUUACUGUAUCUGGAAUUUCUAAUGUUUCCCCUGUAAUAAACAUAGAUGUUACAAGUUACAAAUCUUAUAGAUUCGCUAACUGUUCUCUGCAGAUAUUUCAGAUAUUUCUUUCCUGAAACAGAAAAUAGGCGUAUUUAGAUUUCAGAACCAAUAUGUAUUUACUUAGAUUUUAGCUACCAAAAUAUUGAAUAAUAUUGGUGAAUUGGUAACCCAGGUAGCACAGAUUUUUAAUGACAGAUAUCGAUAUUUAAUACACAAAAUUCUACCAAGGAGUAAUUUCCCUACCUGGUAUGCUUAACAGAAGUUUUGGCUGUCCACUGUUGUCAAGGCUGUUGCUUAAAAUAUGCUAAUGAGAUUGGUCAUUUUCUCUUUUCCCUUUUAAAAACAUUUGCUAAAGAGGUCAGAUUUAAGCAAAUUAUUUGUAGCUGUUUUUAAGCUGUAAAUGUGUUAACACGGUAUGCAUUUUUAAAUUCCUACUUUAGUGACAGACCUUCGUUUAGUGUUUUCUUUGGGAAAUCAUAAAUCUGAGGAAAACAAAAUAGGAUUCGGCUUCAGUCUUUCUAACUUUAUGGUCCCAGUUUAAUACUUCUGUUAAAUCUGAUGUCAGUUCAACAUUUUUCAUAAAUGUAUUCAUUUUGGGAAACAGAACUAGAGGGAAGUUUUAAAAAAAAAGUA